CCCUCUCCCUCUCUUUCUUCCCCUCAUAAAUCGCCAUAUCUUCCUCCCCGCCGUUUCUUACUCCGAAAGAAACUUACCUUAUUCAAGCCAAACAAACCCUAACUUGUCCUAACAUGGCUCUGCAUUUCCGUCUCCUAAUUUUCUCUUCCAUUUCUCCGUCAACACAAUCAUGAACCACAACCAGAACAAAUAGUUGAAUCAUCCGCCGGCUGAUAAAUUUUAAAGUCGUUUUUGUUAUACAUUGUUACUUCGGAGAUGAAACAGAGCAGAGAGGACAUUAACAUGCAUCAAGUUCUCUCUGUUUCAAUAAUCAUCGCUAUUGUUGCAUUGAGCUCCUCCCGUGAAGGUGUCUGUCAAUCUAGCGACGAUUCAGAUUUUUCUGAUGACAGCAAUCCAGCUGCUUCACAGCUUUUUAACCAGAUAAUUUUUGAUCGCAUCUCUAAUCUCACUACUGUUUUUCAAGAUGAUAUUAAAAGGGAAUUUGGUUUUUGCAUAACAGACGUGGAAGCUGAUUGGAAUGGGGCAUUUAAUUUUUCAGAAAGACCUCAAUUUUUGUCUAACUGUGCCAAAAAAAGCAAAGGUGACAUGAUGCAGCGUAUAUGUACAGCUGCAGAAGUAAAAUUCUACUUCAGUAGUUUCUUUGAGAGUGCAACAAAGCGAACCAAUAAUUAUUUGAAACCCAACAAGAAUUGCAAUUUAACCUCAUGGGUUUCUGGAUGUGAGCCAGGAUGGGCAUGCAGUGCGGGUGAAGAUCAAAAGGUUGAUCUGAAAAAUUCAAAGGAUAUUCCUAUUAGAACUGAGAGCUGUGCACCCUGUUGUGCGGGCUUUUUCUGUCCUCGUGGAAUUACUUGCAUGAUAACUUGUCCACUGGGUGCCUAUUGCCCACUUGCAAAACUCAACAAGACUACUGGUUUAUGUGACCCAUACCGAUACCAACUACCUCCUGGAAAGCCAAACCAUACAUGUGGCGGAGCAGAUGUUUGGGCUGAUAUUGGGAGUAGUAGUGAGGUAUUCUGUUCAGCCGGAUCAUACUGCCCCUCUACUAUCCAAAAAAUUCCUUGCACUAAGGGACAUUACUGCAAGACAGGUUCAACAUCACAAACGGGUAAGAUUGACCUGCAGACAUCAUUGUCACGUACAUUUUCUCGCAGAAAAUCUAUGAAAUCAGAUCUGAUGAGAGGUAUAAGCCAAGCCAAACCUGGAACAGAUGCUGCAUUACCACCUUUACCGGGUAGUUCAAACACAUCCAAUAAACCAUCAAAGGGAAAAAAGAAAGAAAAAAGCAACCUAACAAAGAUGAUACAUGACAUUGAGCAGGACCCUGAAAGUAAUGAGGGCUUCAAUCUGGAUAUUGGAGACAGAAAUAUCAAGAAGAAUGCACCAAAGGGUAAGCAAUUGCACACUCAGAGCCAAAUGUUCAGGUAUGCAUACGGUCAAAUUGAGAAGGAAAAGGCUAUGCAGGAGCAGAAUAAGAACUUAACCUUCUCAGGGGUAAUCUCAAUGGCUAACGAUAUCGAAAUAAGGAAGAGGCCUAUGAUUGAAGUUGCUUUUAAAGAUCUAACAAUCACCUUGAGAGGGAAAAACAAACAUCUUAUGAGAUGUGUGACUGGGAAGCUAAUGCCUGGUCGAGUUUCUGCUGUUAUGGGUCCAUCUGGUGCUGGAAAAACAACUUUUCUUUCUGCUCUGACCGGAAAGGCACAUGGUUGCAUGAUGAGCGGCAUGGUUCUUAUAAAUGGAAAGGUUGAGUCAAUUCAGUCAUACAAGAAAAUUAUCGGUUUUGUGCCACAAGAUGACAUCGUCCAUGGAAACUUGACAGUGGAGGAGAAUCUCUGGUUCAGUGCAAGAUGCAGGCUUGCAGCUGAUCUGCCAAAACCAGAGAAAGUUUUGGUUGUUGAAAGAGUCAUUGAGUCCCUAGGUCUGCAGCCUGUCCGAGAUUCUCUCGUCGGGACAGUGGAGAAGCGAGGAAUCUCUGGUGGUCAGAGGAAAAGGGUAAAUGUAGGAUUGGAAAUGGUGAUGGAACCUUCACUUCUGAUAUUAGAUGAACCCACAUCUGGUUUGGACAGUUCAUCUUCCCAGUUACUACUUAGGGCGCUUCGACGAGAAGCUCUAGAAGGAGUUAACAUUUGCAUGGUUGUUCACCAACCGAGUUACACAUUGUUCAGAAUGUUUGAUGAUUUGAUACUUCUAGCAAAAGGUGGUCUCACAGUAUAUCAUGGAUCGGUAAAAAAAGUUGAAGAGUACUUCUCUGGCCUUGGUAUUAAUGUGCCCGAGCGUGUUAAUCCUCCAGAUUACUACAUUGACAUCUUGGAGGGCAUAGUAAAACCAAGUGUAAGCUCAGGGGUCAACUACAAACAACUUCCUGUUAGAUGGAUGCUUCACAAUGGGUAUCCUGUCCCAAUGGAUAUGCUAAAAAGUGUCGAAGGAAUGUCGGCAGCUGCAUCCAGCGAAAAUUCAGCCCAUGGAAGUGUUACUGGUGGAUCAGAGGAAGAGUCUUUUGCAGGAGAAUUUUGGCAAGAUAUGAAGCAUAAUGUUGAGGUGAAGAAGGACAAUCUACAAGAUAAUUUUACUAGUUCUGGUGACUUAUCACAACGGGAAACCCCUGGUGUCUUUCAGCAGUACAGAUACUUCCUUGGGAGGGUUGGUAAGCAACGACUGCGAGAAGCUAGGACACAAGCUGUAGAUUAUCUGAUUCUCUUGCUUGCUGGCAUUUGCCUAGGAACGCUUGCCAAAGUGAGUGACGAAACAUUUGGGGCAGUUGGUUAUACCUACACCGUGAUUGCAGUUUCUCUGCUAUGUAAGAUCGCUGCUUUGAGAUCGUUUUCAUUAGAUAAGCUACACUACUGGCGAGAGAGAGAAGCUGGUAUGAGCAGUCUAGCUUACUUUCUUUCUAAGGACACAGUCGACCAUUUCAAUACAAUUGUCAAGCCACUCGUGUAUCUCUCAAUGUUUUACUUCUUCAACAAUCCAAGGUCAACUGUUAUUGAUAAUUACGCUGUCUUGAUAUGCCUGGUGUACUGUGUGACUGGUAUAGCUUAUGUGUUGGCCAUCCUUUUUGAACCUGGUCCAGCUCAACUCUGGUCGGUACUGCUUCCAGUUGUUUUAACUCUGGUUGCAACCAAUAGCAACGACAACAAAAUAAUCGAGACCAUAUCUGAAGUUUGCUACACAAAGUGGGCUCUAGAAGCUUUUGUGGUCUCAAAUGCUCAGAGAUAUUCGGGAGUCUGGUUGAUAACAAGAUGUGGUUCGCUAAUGAAAAACGGGUACAACCUCAAAAAUUAUGUUCAAUGCUUGAUCUGCCUUGUCAUUACUGGCAUGUUCAGCCGCGGUGUUGCUUUCUUUUGUAUGGUAACCUUCCAAAAGAAGUAAAUUCAACCUCUCCCUCGUGCUUUCUCUGCACCAUAACCAGAAAUUUCGAUGUGCAAGUUUUCUGCUUCGAAAGAAACCCAUAGAGAUUGUUGAAGAGCAGUGACGGACAAUUGACGGUGGAUGAUUAUAAUCGAAAGGAUGGCCUCCUAGGAGCAGCUGCAUCGGGGAACAUGAAAA